AUGAACGUGGCUAGUCGGAAUCCGUCGUCGUUGGACCUCCACCGGUAUCCGAGUAGUCUGGAGGGGAUCGAUAGGAAGUCGUAUUCCAAGGGGUUCGACAUAUACAGUCUUGGCCUCGUGAUGCUUGAGAUCAGACUAUGGAAGAUAUUGCAAGCUUAUUACAAUAUUGCAAGCUUAUUACAAUAUUGCAAGCUUAUUACAAUAUUGCAAGCUUAUUACAAUAUUGCAAGCUUAUUACAAGCCGCGCUACACAGCUCAACGGUUCAGGGAUCGAGUGGUUGUGGGGUUGCUGGUCCCAGGGUUAGGGAGUAAGACUGGGUCCGUAUAUAGACAGGUCGUGGAAGAUGCUUGGACGCCAAGGACGACAUGAGCGGUCUUGAGUGCCACCAACUUAUGGAAUGGGUGGUAGGCACUUUGGAGAGCUUAAGAGUUUAAGACAGGAUAUACUGGUGUAUAUACGCAUACCAUAUAUGAUACAUGAGAGAUGACAAAUGAGGGACGAUACCACGUAUAUAGAUAACAAGAAGAAUAUGAUGCAGU